AAAAUAGGCUAGACGAUUUACCGGAAGCAGUUCAUGUUUUUCCCUGUUUCAUUCCAGAAUCAUCUGUAACUUGUAGUUUGUAUCCAUCGAAAUCUUAAGACUUGACAGUUUCUACAAAUAAAUCAAUAUGGCACCCCAAAAGCGGAAUAAUGCUCCCAAACAAUCGGAGUACAAAGACAAGGAUAAACCGACACAAAUUCGUAUGAGCAACAUAGAGGCAGCAAAGGCUGUGGCUUCUGCAAUCAGGACAAGUCUUGGGCCUCGAGGCAUGGAUAAAAUGAUUCAAGCUGCCAAUGGAGAUGUGACAAUCACCAAUGAUGGAGCUACGAUUCUCAAACAAAUGCAAGUUUUGCAUCCAGCAGCUAAAAUGUUGGUUGAGCUGUCAAAGGCACAGGAUGUGGAGGCAGGAGACGGCACAACCUCAGUGUGUGUCAUCGCUGGCAGCCUGCUAGAUGCCUGUUCAAAACUGCUUGCUAAAGGUAUCCAUCCUACUAGUAUAUCGGAGGCAUUCCAGAAAGCCUCGGCCAAGUCAAUGGAGAUUCUAGAAGGGAUGACCACGCCCCUUGACCUCAAUGAUCGAGAGUCACUCCUCAAGAGUGCGUCAACAUCACUUAACUCAAAGGUGGUGUCCCAGUAUUCCAACAUUCUGUCACCCAUCGCAGUAGACGCUGUGCUGAGAGUCAUCAAUCCUGCUUAUGCUGACAAUGUAGACCUCAAUGAUAUCAAAAUUGUUAAGAAAUUGGGGGGCACAGUUGAGGACAUAGAGCUGAUAGAUGGUCUUGUGUUCGACCAGAAGACCCAGGGGGUGGGCGGACCUAACAAGAUGGAGAAGGCAAAGAUAGGCCUCAUUCAGUUCUGUAUAUCUCCACCAAAGACUGAUAUGGACAACAGUGUGGUGGUGUCGGACUACACGCAGAUGGACAAGGUGCUGAGAGAGGAGAGGCAGUACAUCCUCAACAUUGUCAAGCAGAUCAAGAAGGUUGGCUGCAAUGUGCUCCUAAUACAGAAAUCCAUACUGAGAGAUGCUGUUAGUGAUUUAGCACUUCAUUUCCUAGCAAAAAUGAAAAUCAUGGUGGUUAAAGAUAUUGAAAGGGAAGAUAUAGAGUUUGUUUGUAAGAGUUUGAACUGUCGUCCAAUAGCCAGUCUGGAUCACUUUGUUGCUGAAUCCUUGGGCACAGCUGAACUUGUAGAAGAGAUCCACACCGGGGCCAGCAAGAUUGUCAAGAUCACUGGGAUAACCAACCCGGGCCGGACGGUGACUGUUCUGAUCCGAGGCUCCAACAAACUGGUCCUAGAGGAGGCUGACCGGUCACUGCAUGACGCCCUCUGUGUCAUCAGGUGCCUCGUCAAAAAGAGGGCCCUGAUAGCUGGUGGGGGCGCCCCAGAGAUUGAGCUGUCCUUAAAGCUGAUGGACUAUGCAAACUCUCUCACAGGUAUGGAGCAGUACUGCUUCCGGGAGUUUGCAGAGGCCCUUGAGGUGAUCCCAUUCACACUGGCCGAGAAUGCGGGCCUUAACCCCAUCUCCACGGUAACCGAGCUCCGAAACAGGCACGCUCAGGGGGAGACUACUGCUGGCAUCAACGUUAGGAAGGGGGCCAUCACUAACAUCCUAGAGGAGAACGUGGUCCAGCCCCUGUUGGUGUCCCAGUCAGCCAUUCACCUCGCCUCUGAGACCGUCCGCAGCAUCAUGAAGAUUGAUGACAUUGUGAACUGCAUGUGAUGACAGUGUUCUAAUUACUACCAACUGUGUAUGAAAAGAAUUGUCAUGUCAUCGGACAGCUGAAAGAAAAAACAGAACAUGUUCUGGGCAGAGAAGUUUUUAACUGCUAUAUGUUCAUGUGUGCUUAAUUGUGUGUGCUAUUAAAAACAAGAACAUGGACGAGUUUACACAUAAAAUCUAUUUAUUUAUUGGAGGAAUAUUAAAGCAUUCUUUGUGUUCUUGAAUAGCUCAUUUUCUAUGAGAACUUUGCUUUAAAAUAAGUUCCUAUUGCUUGUAGGAAAUGUGCUUGAACAAAUAUCUUACUAAGAUUACUUUGUGAUUAAUUGGCAAUAUUCAUUUUCUUAAGUACUUAACUGUCUGAUUUUUUUUAGAUUUUCUAAUAAAUUUAAGAAAUUAA